UUCGAACUGAUACGGUAGGAUCGAAAAUCAUUGCAGAUGGAUAAGCAAUCUAAGCCGAAGCAUCCCAAGACCAAUGCUUAUGCCACCAGCGUUGCCUCUUCUUCUGAAGAAGUAAGCAGUCUUGAGUGGGAAGAAAUAGCAAUGACUCAAGAAGAAGACGAAUUGAUCUGCAGAAUGUAUAAGCUCGUUCGCCAGAGGUGGGACUUAAUAGCUGGGAGGAUUCCAAGAAGAACAGCAGAACAGAUUGAAAGGUUUUGGGUGAUGAAGAAUCAUCGAAGAUCUCAAUUACGUUGA